ACAGACUGCUGGACGCCAAAGCGAUUCCCGCUCCGAUGGCUUCGUAUCAGUUUCCCAGCAUCCUUCAACCGUAUCGAACGGAGAGUCAGGGAUUCGGGACGUUAGCUGGUGGUUGACUUGCAUGGACUGCUAGAUGCCAAGGGGCGUUUUCUGUGCGGUUGAUCGGAUUGCUCAGUAGGCCGUGGGAACCGUUCGCGCUUUCGACGUGGUCCAAGUGAACUUUGAAUAUUUCGCGCGCUUACUUCGGUUGACGGUCGUUGGUAGGAUACGAGAGCGCGUGGCAUGCUGCGACCAGUGGUGAGUUCUGCCGCUGGAUUACUCCGCACAGUUGUUCAGUGAAACAAGGAAGCGCGGCUCGCUACGUGGAACGGGAACGCAUGGGAUGGCUAGAUGGAUGCUGAUGAGUUUCAUGAUGAUGGUGGUGAUGAAUAAAGAGAAAUGAAGCAUAAAACGAUAGCAUAGAAGGAGUGUUCGACGUUGGAGUGCUGUCUAGCGAGGUCUAUCGUGAGUUGACCGGUAGCGGCGAAGUGGUGUGCGAUGGCAACUGGCAAUGGCUCUGACGUUAAUCACCGUUCGGUCGAGAGUUUACGAUAGUUUUUUCCGCACGUGUCAGUGACGAGACGAGCAAAUAAGGCUGCACAAAGCUUAAGCCUCCGGUUUUUUGGCGAGUCGAUUUUUGCACACAGGGCUUCAUGGAUGGUUAGUGGAUGGUGGCGGUACUUGACUGAAAUAUGUUCGCACAUUGUGGUGAUGUGAUCGAGGCCGAAUAGCCGCUAGGUGGCGCCUCGGAAGCCCGAGGAAUGUAAUUCGAAGUUUGAAAUUGAACGGAAACCGGACGCCGGGAAAAAACGCAACCCCAGCACCAUGCAUCAUUGGUUUUCCACUGGAUUUAGUGUGGUGGUUUGGCGCUCGAAAAAGGAUGAACGUUUUUGCUGAAGGUUUGGCCGUGGCGUGGCAUGCUCACUGACCGUGGAUCACCACAUCGAGCCUUGGUCCGGCCACGAAUUACAAAGUGAGUUCUUUUGUGUGGAAUAAUCCGGAAAAUCCGGGGGUGAAAUAAUCGGCAUUGCAAUGCAACAGGGGUGUGUGUGCUCUCGCCAGUUCGGUUGUAUUAUACCGUGGUACAAAUGAACACCCAAAGUCCCUGAUGGAUGGAAUGGUGUUGAAUCAGCUCGAUCAGAGCGUUGGAGCAAAAGGAGUGUGCGAGGAAAACAUUUUUAAUUAAAAAUCCGAAGGACGGUCGCGCGUGGGAUGCCUUUUGCGUUGGAAUUUACUGCUUCGAAAUUGGACUAGUGGACUCUGACAUUGCUGAUCAGAACGAACGGAAUCCCCGCCAGUGAUAAAGUGUGAUCAUCAAAGUGAGAGAAACACUAUUAACUCCAUGGGAAAAAGAAGAAGGCACCAAUCAGAGGUCCCGACCUUCUGGGACUUGUGAACAAACCGAACAACGCCUCGAAGAUAGUGCCAGAACCAACAAAAGAGAGAAAGCAAACGGAAAAAUGUGUCAAUAAAGUGUGAAACUUUCGUUCGCAUGUUUGGUUUUAUUCCAUUUCCAGCGAAGGAUCCCCAGUUGGCCGUGGGGUGAGAAAAUUUAAGAAACUCGCCUACUAUAUACCCUUUGCUGCAUGGCGAGUGGGCUACUGCUGUAGGUUUGGUUCUAGCUCAUCUGGAAAGCAAAGUAAAGAAAAGAGUAUCGCAAAAUAAAUAGAAGGGAUCCGUUCGGCUCACCCACCGCCGCUUGGAGGGUCGAAAACGUGUUUGGAAUUUCAAAAUGGUGAUCGCUUGGAUGACAACCACGGCCGUGAGAAAGCGAAGGAGGAGGACGAUGACGACGACCACGACCAAACGAAAUCCAGCGGCCACCGGAGCCGGACUGCUGCUGUUCUGGCUUGGACUACUGGCCAUGCUGGUGAACGGCAACACAGACUCCCGGAACGAGCAGGAGCCGAAGCCGAGCUUUGCCAGCCCCAUAGAAAACGUGACAGUUCCUAUCGGUAGAGAAGCUACGUUAAGCUGUGUUGUACAAAAUUUAGGUGCCUAUAAGGUUGGAUGGAUGCGUGCUUCCGAUCAGACCGUGCUGGCCCUGCAGGGUCGGGUUGUGACACACAAUUCACGCUAUAGCGUGACCCAGGAGGAGUCGAACGUGUGGCGGCUGAAGAUCCGAAACGUGCGGGAAUCGGACCGCGGUUGCUACAUGUGCCAGAUCAACGCGACGCCACUGCAGAAGCAAGUAGGCUGCGUCGACGUGCAACUGCCGCCGGAUAUUUCGGACGAGCAGUCCUCGUCGGAUAUGACGGUUCGCGAGGGUGGCAACGUGACGUUCUUCUGCAAAGCAACCGGUCAUCCGACGCCGAAGGUGACGUGGCGACGAGACGACGGCAGCCCACUCUAUCAGCAGCGCAACGGAACCGAACUUCGGCGAGUUGAUACCCAUAUUGGUAAUUUUCUAAAUUUAUCAAACGUAGAUAGGAGACAGAUGGGCGCCUACCUGUGCAUCGCUUCGAACGAGGUUCCGCCGGCCGUCAGCAAGCGAGUCUAUCUCAACGUGAACUUCGCCCCAAAUGUCACCACGAGCAAAACCCUGAUGGGCUUCUACGAGGAUUCGGACAUCGAGCUGGUGUGCGCCGUCGAAUCGUUUCCCCGAUCGGUCAACUAUUGGACCAAGGUUUCCAACGGAGCCGGAAGCAGCAGCAGUUCUGCAGCCUCUUCCGACCGGCAGGAAAUCAUGCUGAACAACGAACGCAUGGAAAUCCGCGAGCAGUACACGAACUCCUACUCGAGUCGAACCACGCUUCGGAUUCAACGCUUCAGCGCGGUGGAUGCCGGCAGCUACAUGUGCAUAUCAUCGAACGCCUUCGGAAAGGCCAACAAAACCAUUAGAGUUUAUGAAAUCAAACGGCCAACUACGACCACCACCACGACGACAACGACUACAACUACGACGACGACGACCACUACUCCGGAGCCGCCUACUACGAUGCCGCCCGAACGAAGGACCACACUAAUAGGACACCGAGCACCGGAGGUGGUGCCGCAUCCCCCCACGGACUUCAUCGUCGAGUACAUCACCAAUCCGCCGGUCUACGUCGAGUACGGUCCCAACGGGGAGCCAUACUACAACCACCCUCAGCUGACGGCGUACUCCAAGUCCUCGCCCACGAACCACGGAGGCCACGGCCAUGGUGGGCCUGGGGGAGGUUCCUCCGGCGACGGGUCGUCCUCCUGCAGCUCCCUGCUGGUACCCUCCGGCGAGGAACGCCUCAUGACCAUUCUGGUUAUGACGGCUCUGUCCUGUUUGUCGUUUUUUCGCUUCUUUCAAGUCUAUCUGCCCUGGAUAACGUUUUUUCUGCUGCUUCUGCUGAUCGGCCGGAAGCCCAAGGAGAAAAGUUUCCCGCUGAUGGAGCGGCACGGGGCGGCGUGAACACGAGGGGGGAAUUCAGUCCGGGUGUUGAUUUGUUCACUUCGGUUCCAUUUUUGGGUUCUCCUUUCUAAGUUAGUAAGUUCGUAGGAUCACCAUCGAUUAAGGAUUGAAAGAAGAUAAAAGCUAGGCUAUAAUGUAGUGACAGCAGAUUGCAAAUGAUGAUAUCGUCUUCUGCAUGUGGGAAAGCAGAAGACAAAACGUUGAAUAAAUAAAAAUCAAAUAUUUCUAGUGAAAGUGUAAAUAAGCGGAAUCAAAAGCAAGUGUAAGAGAAUUUUCUCUUAUGUAAGAGAAAAUAUGACGUGAAUCAAACGAAUAGAAAUCAGUUACAAACACAAAUGAGAUAAGUACGUUUAAUAAAUGAUGUAUAUUAAAAACAAA